UUACUUUUCAUUGCCAGUACUGUAUAAGUACACCAAUUCUCCAAAGCUCUUCGACCGCACAUAUCACCGAUCCAUAUUACAAAUCUAUCCAUGGCACAGCCCAGCGAAUCCCAUUCUCCAUUAAAGCCUCUCCAAAACGAAGAAGACAAUCAUCUAUUGAGGCAACCACCGCCAGAAAUAGACGAACAAGACGAAGAGAGCUUCUCCUGCGCGAUGCUCGCGACUUCUACUGCGAUUUCCAUGGCCAUGCAAACGUCGGUGGAGCUCGGCGUCUUCGACGUCAUUCACAGAGCUGGUCCCUGCACCGAGAUCUCCGCCGCCGAGAUCGCGUCGGAGGUUUCUUGCAAGAACCCAGAAGCAGCUUCCGCGCUCGAUCGACUCCUCCAUCUUCUAGCGUCUCACUCUGUUCUUCGUUGUUCCGUUAUCGUUGACGAGAAUGGAGGGUCGGGAUGUUACAGGCGGUUGUACAGCCUCUCCCCGGUGGCCAAAUUCUUUGUUCGAAAUGCGGAUGGUGCAUCGUUAGGCCCCUUCAUUGAAUUGGCUCAGGAUAAGGUCUUCCUGGAUAGCUGGUCCCAACUGAAAGAUGCAAUAUUGGAAGGGGGUAUUUCAUUCAAUAGGGUGCAUGGGUCACAAAUGUUUGAGUAUGUGAGAAUGGACUCCAGAUUGAACCACGCGUUUGACAAAGGGAUGAUGAAUCAUAGUACUAUAGUUAUGAAUAAGGUUCUUGAAUCCUACCAAGGUUUUGGGGACAUCACUAGACUCAUCGAUGUUGGUGGAGGUGUUGGGAUUACUCUCAAGUUGAUUACAUCCAAAUAUCCACAUAUUGAAGGAAUCAAUUUCGACUUGCCUCAUGUCAUUCAACAUGCUCCUCCUUUUCCUGGAGUGGAACACGUGGAAGGAGAUAUGUUUGAAAGCGUGCCCGGAAGAGAUGCCAUCUUCAUGAAGUGGAUACUUCAUGAUUGGAGCGAUGAACGGUGCUUGAAGCUGUUGAAGAAUUGCCAUGACGCCAUUCCUAAAGAUAGAAAGGUGAUUGUGGUGGAGGCAGUUUUACCAGUUGGAUCAGAAACUUCUGCUGCAGCGAAAGGCAUCACCCAAUUUGAUGUCAUGAUGUUGACUUAUUGCCCAGGUGGCAAGGAGAGAACCAAGCAUGAGUUCAUGAAAUUAGCCACAUUAGCUGGGUUUAGAGGCAUUAGAUUUGAUUGCUCUGUUCGAAACCUUUGGAUUAUGGAGUUCUUCAAGUAGACACAUAAACGUAUGUUUCUUUUCACAAUGUGAUCUCGAUGCAUGUUCAAUUUGUUGUUUUCAUGUACUUUUUUUAUCCCCUAUAGAAGUUGUCAUGGGUUGAAUAUGUGAUGAGAACUGAACUAUGACGGAAUAAUCAUCUCGAUAAAUAUUUUUAUUUAUCGGUUUUCUUAA